GUAUACUUCAAUACUUGGGUGGCCACGUUAUCUUUACUCGGGCUGGAGUGACUAUUUAUUUCUGUUUAUAUUCAGAUAUUAUAAUUCAUUUUUCUAUUCUAAAAGUUUGCUGAAAUCUCGGUAGUCCGAUCCUGUUUUGCGGUUUGACAGGCUGACCUCCUGCCAUUUACCACACUUUAAGGUUAUGUAAAUGUCAAGAAGCUAAUUCGAAGCGAAAGUAAACAUGUAACAUAAAACUGAAAAAAAUAUAAUCAAAUUGCAAUGGCAAAAGAAACAACCAUCAUAUUCGUGUAUGAUAUAGAAAAACUACAGAAAGAAGAGGACGACCCAGCCUCUGCAAUUCUCUAUUUUCAUCCUACAUGGGUGUCUGAUCAACAGAAGUCCUCGCUGUGUGGUCAGAUUGUAGGAACAAUACAAUGUGUCAAAAAUGUCCUAGCCAAACCAAAGAUCAUUUCACUGCAGACUGGAAAAUUUUACAUCAUCCAGAACAAUCGCUACCUAUUGGGCGUCGGUACAGACAGAAACAUCACUGAUUUACUACUUGAACAUAGAGCAAAUGCAGUAUAUUCAUUAGUCAAGUUCUUCCACAAUGAUUUUGUGUCUCUUGCCGAACUUUACCAUGGUGAAGGUCUUCCAGCCAAAUUAUACCAUAUAUUUGAUACUUACUUGAAAAUGCUGGCAUUUGGAGGGAAUAUAUUUUCACAUAUUCCCACAUUGAAUCUUCCAAAGAGCGCAAGUAGCGUGUAUAUGGAAGCAGCUCAUAUCUUGGAAUGCUGUCAAGAUCUUGAGAAUGUUCUGGGUGGAUCCAUGCUUUAUCAUAACAAAGUUGUUGCAACACAACUAAGUGCAGACUUGACAAAAAGAAUCAUCCUCACCGAUCCAUAUAGGAUAAAAUGCCCAUCCGACGCGAUGGAAGUCUCAUUUGAGUUGCCAGUUAACGUACAAUUACUCCAAGUGUACAUAUCUAGUAAGGAAUACAACUCGUUAUUGGAUGUUUCCAACAGAAACAGAUUUGCUUUUCAGUAUUUGUGCAGCAAGGAUAUAAAGAAGAGCAUCCCUAAAUCCUCAUCCCAACAAGAUACUUCGUUGGUGUCAGCGAUGAAGCGCGAUCAGUCGCUGAUCUUCACAGCUGUUCCCGAGGAAGGUCCCGACUCGUCGAACCAACCGUUUGUACCUGCCGUCGUCAAGAAGAGCCGUCCGAAGUUUCUGAACCUGAAAAGCGCAAGCAUAGAUGAAGCGUCCGAACGAAAAUCUAGACAAGUUGGUACACCCCUGUGCGGACAGACUAGCGUCGCAUCCACUCCUGUUGCUGACCUCAAAAGGUUCGUGCAUCAGAACCCGAUGUCGAUCUGCACUAGUAAGGGAGCGCCACCACAGGUCGUUAUGAGUAUACAAGUACCUAAUGAGUCAUCAAAACCAACAGACAUCGAACCAUUGAAGAUGAUACCAUACAUGACAGUGACUUCGAAUAAAUUUAAAACAAAAAGGAGCACCAGUUUGACAGAUAUCAACGAACUGAUUGACAGUAUUACCAAAGAUGCAUCGCAGUAUUUCAAUACUAAAAAUAAGCAUUUCAUCAAAAUCGAAUCUCCAAAAAAACAGAAACAUCGAAAUCGUUUGAAAAGCGUGGCGGAUCCUACGUUUCCCGUCUUCAGGCAGGACGGAUUAUGCGUGUCAAAAGCGUACUAUAAUCGUUUUGUCGAGAGCGAUAUAGACAUGGUUAAACAGGAUCUUGAGAAUAUAAAGAUUAAUAAGGUCAAAGCCAACGGGGUAAUGAAGGGCGUUUUAGGAAGGGUGAAGCAAAAUAACGACUGCAUACUUAAGAACGACAGGGAAAUCGUCACGGUGAAGUCUAGCGAUGAGGCGAAUCAUGUCAAAGUGGCACUUGUAAAAGGAAAUAAGGAUCACAGGAAGUCUUUGAAUCUACCGUUGAAGUCCCUAACAGCUGAAAGUGAGGGGCCUGCUCAGACGCCGUUAUCUCGAAGGUACUCGUCCGGUGUUCAGCUAACUCCACUGCUGUCCAAACUUAGUAUUCUGGCGUUCGAGGAUAGAUCGAGCGGUUUCGGUAGCAGAGAAACGACUCCAAGCGAAUAUAGAGGUUUUACGCCGACUCAUUCAAAACCGCUGCCUCACGCGAAAUUGAAAAAAGAUAUAAAAACCGCGAGCAAGACUCAAGAUAAGGAUGCGAUGCAGAAAUGCGUCUUAUUCGUUUGUGGUCAGCAAGAUGUCGUGCUUACCGUUUUGAUGAGGGAGGAGUGUUGUCGAGAAGAAACUGUUGUAAAAAAGUUGUACGACAUCUGCAUGGAAACCCUGCCGAAAAUGGAAAAACUGCUAGCAUACAGCAUCGAGACACAGUCGAGCGCUUCGUCCGCCGGUAGGGACGGCGAACCGUACAGCUUCCUCUGUCUCGAUGCCGACUGGGACACGAUAAAAAGGGGCGGUCCCUGGGGGGCGAACGACUCUGGGGCUUCCGUCGCUUUGAACAGGCUGCAUAGGGAUUUCCAGAGGACCGACGAACUUACGGAGAUACUGCUCAGAUGCGGUGAAAGCAUAAUCUACGGUAAUAACACUGGUCCAGCUGAGGUCUACUACCAUGAGCCGGCGAACGUUUGUUCGGGCUUGCCACCACCUGGCGACACCAUGGGCUUGGUGCAGUUGAAAGCCAGACGGAGACUGGAGAGGGACCAUGGAGUCUUAUUGCUGUAAGGCGUACCUUUUGACAUGUUACCGUUGUAUAGUUUUGGAAACUAAAAACGCACGAACGUGACAACUCGAAGAGAAAUACUGACUCUCAGAAUAGAAGUAAUUUAUUUGAAUACACACCAAAGCAAAAUGAUCGCUCUCAUUCUCUAGCUGUCGCUGCUCUGUAGUUUUUACGUUUCUGGCUUUAGUUUUCUUUAGUACAAAGAUUAUGUUCGCAGAGGAUGCUGAAUACAAGUCCUUAUUAACAUAUUCGCAAAAGCUCUCUUAACUAUUUCAUAUGGAAAAACGCUAAAGUUACAAUGGUAUCUAAACUGUAUCCAUCGAAGAAACAAAGUAAAAUCAAACAUAUACACCCGUAUUGCACGUGAUCAAGAACUUAACCGUAGGAGACGCUACAGGGCCGUAUCAAGCUAUUGUGACUGAUCUAUCAAAAAAUGUCGUACAAGAUAUGUGUUGCUGUAAAUUCUAUCAAAAGCAUAGUAAAUUAUCAGGAAUAUACCACGCCUUUUUAAUCAUAUUUCGACAUUAGGAAUCAGUGCAAAAAAUUCUGUAUUCACCAUUUCAGCAAAAUGUUACUAAAACGCACACGAAAAAACUUGUGGACCAUCUCAAUUGAAAUUGUUCAUAUUUUAUUAUUAACUUACAUAUAUACCCAAUAAUAUUUACAAAUCAACCUUCUAUUCACAAUGCAGAGCAAAUUUUUUUGAGCAAAUAGAAACUACAGACGUAGUAGUAGUAGUACAAAAGUUUAUUACAGACUCCAUAAAGUUUGUUAGUUUGAUUGCUAUUAAAAUUUACAUGAGAAAUAGGAAGAAGGUCAAAAUGGCACUAUUAUGCUUUGGAACUCCUAAAUUAAUCCUAAUUUUGUGUAAUUAUAAAUUUGGAAUUUCCACAUUAAUAACUAGAAACUUACACUUUGAUUGCAGUCUAUAAUGAACUUACCUGUCUUGCCAAAAAGCCCGUUAAACUGCCAGUCUUAAUGGUAUCAAUCGAUUUAUAUGCUGUAUUCCGAGGAGCUUGAAUCAUCAAAAUUGUUGAUGUCAAUUAUAAGGGGUUCAACUUGGGUGUCAAUGAUAUUGUCCAUAUCCCACAUUUUGGUUUCAACCUUCUCUUGGACAUGGUCAAUACAUGUUCUCCAUUUUGCUGGCGUAAUUCUAUCGACAGCAACAUCAAACAGUUUUUUAAGGUCAGAAAACUUAAAAGUGCUGUUAUUUGACGCCACGUAUUGCUUGAUGUCGGCCCAAAUCAACUCGAUAGGAUUCAGUUCGCAGUGAUAAUAUCGCUUGACUAUAUUUAUCAGCUCAGCUUUGACCAUUGUUUGGUCGAAGUCGAUCUUCUUUGAGACAAGCCACUGUUGAAUGUCUGCCUUUUUGGUGGCCAUUGUUGGAAUUUUUUCCAAUUUUCUGGAGUGGUACGGGGCAUUAUCCAUCACAAUAAUUGCGUUAUCAUCAAGUAUCGGCAAAAAUUUUUUGAACCAAUUUUCAAAUGAGUUACCAUCCAUUUCUUCGUGAUAGUCUCCAGUUUUUUUGGAUUCAAAUGCCCACAAUGCUUCAGGAACAAAUACAUCUACGCUACCUAUGUGGCAAAUGAUCAGGCGUUUUCCCUUGCCUGAAAGUAAUUAGUUAUUUUACUUCUCAGCGAGCGCACUAAAUGACGAAAUUAAGCAACUUACUCUUUUUAGGUUAGUGUAGGAUAGGGUCUUAGAUUAGUUUCUGGGUGAAGGAAAUACUCAGAAACUUGGAUGAGAUAGCAAAACUGAGUUCGGAGCUUCCAAAUCAUUGAUUCGAUCAGAGAAUGAAUUAUCUGCAUCCAAAAAAGUUCAUAUACUUCGAAACUUACCUGCAGGAUUUUUCAAUCCCGUCGAAAGGCCAUCUAAAAAAGCCUGCCUUGAGGACCUCACAGAUCUGUCUACCCAAACCUUUCCCUGCGUAUGCCCCGCGUUCACCCAUGUUUCGUCUAAAUAAUAAAUUUUUCUUCCUGCAGCGCGGAAUUGCCUAAUUUUUCUAAGGUAUUCUCUCCUCCAGAUAACAAUUUCCUCCUUUUCUAUCAAUAAACUAUUCCUUCCUCUUUUCAAAAAUCGAAAGUCUAGUUCUUUCAACAGCUUAUGGAACGUAGAUCUUUUAAAAUUUGGCAGGUCCUCAUCAUCAUUCACUUGCUUCAAUAUUUUAUCUAUUGUAGGUAUUUCAUUCCUGAAGAAAAAGUGAUGUACUUUUCUUCUAAUGGCACUUUUGUCAAAGUCAUCUUUUUUUUCGAUGAUUUUUUUUCUCGCUGGAUAUGUUUUUGGCUCAGAUAGUGAGUGAUUUUGUCUAUAUUCCUUCAAGAUUUUGUAAACACUUGAUCGACCUACUCCAGAAAUUUCAGCAACCUUACAUACGAUAUUUUCUAUAGCCAAUCCACUAUUCUCUUGCAUCUGGUUCUUGUAGAUAUUUAGAAUAAUUUGUUUUUCACCUGCGCUAAGAUGAAGCUUUUUAGCCCUUUUUCUGGGUGGCGUUAAGCUGAUUUCAACCACUUCAUCAGCUGUAUCUGUGUCAGACAUUUUAGACUAAUAUUAAAUUUCCGCAAGAAAAAUCAAGUCAAGACGUGCAU